CCGAAUUCAAGAUGUGAUAACAUUUAAAAAAACGACAGAGGGCUUUGAAACAGAUUUCGGUGGAGGAGCUCACAUGAUCUAAGAAAUGAACCUGGAUGAAGACAGCGGCCUGUCAGUCAGUUGCGGCAACGGCAAACUGAGACAGUGGCUGAUCGAGCAGAUCGACAGCCAGCGAUAUCCUGGUCUGGUCUGGGAGAAUGACGAAAAGAGUAUUUUCAGGAUCCCAUGGAAACAUGCAGGGAAACAAGAUUAUAACAGAGAGGAGGAUGCUGCACUCUUCAAGGCAUGGGCCAUGUUCAAAGGAAAGUAUAAGGAAGGCGUUGACAAACCAGAUCCCCCCACAUGGAAAACUAGACUACGUUGUGCACUUAAUAAAAGCAAUGACUUUGAUGAGAUAGUAGAAAGAAGCCAGCUGGACAUCUCUGAGCCCUACAAAGUCUACAGGAUCAUUCCAGAAGGAGCCAAGAAAGGAUUGAGGGCAGGCACUAUAGAGGAGACGCAAUCACAUGUAAAUGCCCUUGGCUAUAUUCCUCAGUAUGCGCCUCUGCACAACCAGUUGCCCGGGUACAUGGUUUCUCAGGAGAGACGGGACUGGAGGGAAUACUCCCAAGCAGAACCACAACCGCUUCUUCCUCCUCAUCUCCAAGGGCCACAUGCGGAACUUCAGUAUGACCAGUGUCACUACCCGUCGGCACUCAGCCGGGCUUGGCCUGGGUCACAUGCAGAAAAUGGAUUCCAGCUCUCCUUCCACACCUACUUUGCAGAGUCACAACCCCCUGUUUAUACAAUGGACCACAACCAUGUAAUCACAGAUUUCAGCCUACAUGUGUCUCUAUACUACAGAGAUUCAUUGGUAAAGGAGGUUACUACCACCAGUCCAGAGGGUUGUCGGAUCACUUCAUCCUCCUCCUCCUCCUCUCCAUCCUCCUCCACCCGCUUAUCCCCAUGCCCAGAGGACAAGUUUCACAGUGGGGCAGAAACCAUCACUUUUCCGUUCCCGUACCCCGAGUCUCAGAGGCAAGGUGCUGACAUGCUUCCUAACGUCCUGGAAAAGGGGGUGCGUUUGUGGAUGAUGCCGGACGGGUUGUAUGCUAAGCGCUUAUGCCAGGGGCGAGUAUACUGGGAAGGACCUCUGGCUCCAUAUAUGGAUAAACCCAAUAAGCUGGAGAAGGAGCAGCCUUGCAAACUCUUUGACACACAGCAAUUCCUCAUUGAGCUUCAAGAUUUUGCCCAUAAUGGCCGAAAUCUACCGAGACACCAGGUGGUGCUGUGUUUUGGAGACGAGUACCCUGACCCACAGCGGCAAAGGAAGAUAAUCACAGCACAGGUGGAGCCAAUGUUUGCCAGAAAACUGGUGUACUACUACCAACAGAACAAUGGCCACCAUCUGCGAGGCUAUGACCACAUCCAGGGACAGAGCCCGUCUCCAAUCGACUAUCCUUCACAGAAACCUCUACAGCAUAUUCAGGAGUGACAAGCACACACACACUCAUGCACUCGCACACACACACACACACACACACACACACACACACACACACUGGAGAGUAUGAAGGUGAAUGUAAACCACUGAGUGUUUAUCAUGUCUUGUCGUGUAGUGUGUACUGUAUAUGGCAGGAACUGUCUGAGGGGUAGAGAUGGGGAAGACCCUGUUUUCAUUUAAGCACCAUAGUCUUUUUUUUUUCACUAAAAGAAUUUAUUGUGACAGUGUAAAGGAUGCGGUUUGAGGGAGGGUAGGGUGGGGUAGAGGGCGACUGAGACAGGAAGUACUAGCACAGGUGCACAGGAAGAGUGGCCCCCAAGUCUAACACUGAUGUGUCAAAGAAAUAACCCGAGCGUGAACGAGUACUUAUUGCAUUUUCCAGAGGUAACAGCUGACACGGCCAUUGUUAUUAUCAGUGGGACAUCUAGUACUUGUUGUUGAAAAUGGUUAGCAACAUCCGUGCGCACAGGCCAUUGUAGAGGGAAAAAAAAAGAAACACACACAAACUGUAUUAUGAGAUGUAAAUCAUUCAUCUUGUGGUGUCGUAAUGAGGCCGUUAUCUCAAUUAUUUUCCCUCUUCUACUUCCACUGAACCCUUACUUCUACUGAACCCUUACUUCUACUGAACCCUACUUCUACUGAACCCUUACUUCUACUGAACUCUACUUCUACUGAACCCUACUUCUACUGAACCUUACUUCUACUGAACCCUACUUCUACUGAACCUUACUAC